GCGGCGGCGGCGGGAGCGCUCUCCUGCCGGGAGGCCUGCGAGCGGCGGACGUGCGCCUCACCCCGCGGACCCGCGGGCUGCCUCGCGCUUGCCCUCGGGCGGCGCCCGGCCCGCCGUCCCUCCCGGGGACCCGGGAAGGCGCGCGGGGCCGGCACGUGCGCCCCCGCUGGCGUGUCCUCGGGCUGCUCCCGCGCUGGAACCCUGCAGCUGGAGGCCGGGCCGGGGGGCCGCAGGGCGCGGGCGGGCGGGGCGCGCCGGGCGGCGCCGAGGGCUCGGAGCCGAGAGCGUGGGCAUGGCGAGCAUCACCCAGCUGUUCGACGACCUGUGCGAGGCCCUCCUGCCGGUGCCGAAGGCUCGCUUGGGCCAGCGCGGCGUGAGCCGAAGGAGGGCAAAGCAGGGCCUCCGGAGGGUGGCCUACGACGCUCUCUUCAGCAGUCUGUUUGUAGAUGAGACUCAGAGGCUGCAGCCUGACCCCUCUAAACUCCCGGUGAAAAACAAGAUCCUCAUGCUGUCCUUCGACUUGAGGGUGGGUGGCCUGGGCCCCGAGGCUGACCGUUUGGAGGAGCUGGUGGAGGAACUGGAAGCAGCCCCUUGCUGUCCGCUUGUGGAGGUGGGCUCUGUUCUGGACCUCCUGGUUCAGCUGGCGGGGAGCGGCCCGCCGCGAGUGCUGCCGCGAAAGCGGGACUACUUGUUUAACAACAAGCAUGUGGGGAGAAACGUUCGCUACGGCGGCUACGACUGCUAUGACCUGAGUGUGUUUGAGAUGGACGUUCAGUCCCUGAUCUCCAGAGAGGAGUAUCUGUGUCAGGACAUGAUCCACAAAGCGCUUCAGGUGAUGGAGGCGGCGCCGGGCACUGGCCUGCCCACUGUUGGGCUCUUCUCGUAUGGAGACCCUUGUGGUGACAGGUUUGAGAGAGACACCCGGGUCUCGCUGUUCGGUGCCCUUGUGCACAGCCGCACAUACGAUAUGGACGUCCGACUGGACCUGCCUCCGGUGCCGGACAGCGCAGACCUCUCUGGACUGGCUAUUAAGGUUCCUCAGAGUGUGGAUCAGUCAGAAGAUGAAGGGUUCCAGUCAGCGUCCAAUUUGACUCCUGAUUCCCAGUCUGAACCGGGUGUGACUCCAGACAUCGACCUGUGGGAUGCUGUGCUCACCUACGAAGCCAGCAAGCGGAGGUGCUGGGAGCAGGUUGGAUGCCCCCCUGGCCACAGAGAGGAGCCCUACCUCACCGAGGCGGGAAGGGACGCCUUCGACAGGUUCUGCAGGCUCCACCAAGGGGAGCUGCAGGUGCUGGGAGGGGGCCUCCUGCAGGCCCCACAGCCCGUCCUGGUGAAAGAGUGUGAGCUGGUGAAGGAUGCGCUGAACGUCCUGAUUGGGGUCGUGUCUGCCACAUUUUCCCUCUGCCAGCCGGCUCAUGCCUUCAUGGUGAAGCGGGGCGUCCACGUAUCAGGAGCGUCCCCCGAGAGCAUCAGCAGCCUCCUCUCAGAGGUGGCGGAGUGUGGGACCCACUAUGCGCGCCUAAGCCACUUCUCCGUGCAGCCGGUGCUGGACUCCUCCUGCAGCAAAGGCCUCGUGUUCCAGGCCUUCACCAGCGGCCUGAGGAGGUACCUGCAGUACUACCGAGCUUGUGUGCUCUCCACUCCACCCACCCUGAGCCUCCUCACCAUUGGCUUUCUCUUCAAGAAACUGGGCCGGCAGCUCAGGUACCUGGCUGAGCUUUGUGGGGUUGGCACUGCGCUCCCCGCCUCCAGUGGAGGAGAGCCCGGGGCGGCAUUCCCCACUGGGGUGAAGCUGCUCUCAUACCUCUACCAGGAGGCCCUGGAUAACUGCAGCAAUGAGCACUACCCUGUGCUGCUGUCUCUGCUCAAGACCAGCUGCGAGCCCUACACCCGGUUCAUCCACGACUGGGUGUAUAGUGGGGUCUUCAGAGACGUUUACGGCGAGUUCAUGAUCCAGGUGAACCAGGAGUACCUGGGCUUCAGAGAUAAGUUUUACUGGACCCACGGCUACGUUCUCAUUUCCAAAGAGGUGGAGGACUGCGUCCCCAUGUUCUUGAAGCACAUUGCCCACGACGUCUAUGUGUGUGGGAAGACCAUCAACCUGCUGAAGCUCUGCUGUCCUCGGCAUUACCUCUGCUGGUCCGAUGUCCCUGUCCCUCGGAUCUCGGUCAUUUUCUCCCUUGAAGAGCUGAAGGAGAUCGAGAAGGACUGUGCUAUCUACGUGGGGCGGAUGGAGAGGGUGGCGCGCCACAGCUCCAUCAGCAAGGAGGAGAAGGAAUUACGAAUGGAAAUUGCGAAACAAGAAUUAAUUGUCCACGCCCGAGAGGCAGCGUCCAGGGUCUUGAGUGCGCUCAGUGAUCGGCAGAUGUCAGAGCGGAUGGCUCUGGAUGCCCGGAAGCGAGAGCAGUUUCAGAGGUUGAAAGAGCAGUUUGUGAAGGACCAGGAGCGACGCCGGGCGGCCAGGCAGGAGGAGCUGGAUGAUGACUUCAGCUACGCCCGUGAACUCCGCGACAGGGAGAAGAGGCUGAAGGCUCUGGAGGAGCAGCUGGAGAGGAAGGCGAGGCAGGCGCUGGUUGACCAUUACAGCAAGCUGUCUGCAGAGGCAGCUCGUCGGGAGCAGAAGGCGUUGUGGAGGAUCCAGAGGCACAGGUUGGCGGGUGCUCGGCUGCGUUUCCUCUUAGAAGAUCAGAAACGCAUCCAGGGAAUGCUGGAAGACCUGUCCGAGGAGAAGCCCCUGGAGCCACUGGCUGUCCUCCCAAGUGCACGCCCCCAGGCCUCGUCUCCGGGCCCCGAGCACCCAGAUGGAGGUAGCAGCUGUGAUUCUGGGAGUGCAGAGCAGCACGUGGUCGCCUGGGAUGGCCUGAGCAGGCCAAGUGCACCCCUGCAGCCCCUAGAGUCUCCAGCAGCAGGGGCCUGCAGCUCGGGGCCAGGAGCAGGCCAGCAGCCAGGGCAGGCAGAGGGGCCAGGGCCCUUCUCUGCAAGCCUCAGCAUCCAAGACUUCCUGCCCCUGGGCCAGGGGGCCAAGAAGCCUGUGCACACCGGCAUGGCCCCUGUCCUGGAGGAGGCACUGCAGACCAUCGGCUCAGACCUGCCUCCCCUAGGUCUGUCUGCAGUGGUGGGCACAGGGCUGGCUGGGCCACAGGAGUAUGACUUCAGAAGCAUCCUGAGGCCGGCUGCAGCCACCUUGGCUUCCCCAGGACCCCUUGACACUGUAGGAGGUGACUUGGGCAGUGAGGGGCAGCAGCUGUGGGGGGACACUCACAUGCAACUGGACACCUGUGUCCUGGAUGGGCAGAUGGCUCUGCUUGACCCACACUCCCCCCAGCACAAUUCCCUCCAGGAGCGGAGCAGCCAGGCCACAGGCCAGGUCCUGGGGCAUGUGUCAGAGAGCAGUGUUCCCACAGGGGGUUAUGCUUCCAGAAUAGCCCCCUCCCGACCACAGUGGAACAUCCACGGACACGUGUCUGAUGCCAGCAUUAGGGUGGGGGAGAACGUGUGGGACAUGACCCCUUCCCGGCCACGGUGGAAUGUCCAUGGACACGUGUCUGAUGCCAGCAUCAGGGUGGGGGAGAACGUGUGGGACGUGGUCCCGUCCCGGCCACGGUGGAACGUCCAUGGACAUGUGUCUGAUGCCAGUGUCAGGGUGGGGGAGAACGUGUGGGAUGUGGCCCCCUCUCGGCCACGGUGGAACGUCCAUGGACAUGUGUCUCAGUCGCACAUGAUGCUGGGUGCACUCCCAGAGGAAGCCCAGAUCGAUGUGCCCAGGUCCCACCAGAACUCCCCUGACCACGUGUCCCAGUCAGGCCUCAGCCUGGAAGAACAGAGCCCUACCCAGGACCAGGAACCACAGCUACCCACAGAGACAGCCUCAGGGAGCUCCUGCGCUCUGGCGGCUGCUUCUGGUUGUGAGGAGGAGAGUGGCCUCAAGGCCUCAUUGCCUGCUGGGGUUGUGCCUGGUGCUCUAGGAGAUGGCACUCCUGAGGAGCCAGGCCCAAGGAGGAGUGGGGACACUGAGGACGUCUCUCCAAGCCACCCUCCAGGCUCCAAGGAAGGUGCGGAUGCCCGGAGCAGCCCAGGCCUUGGUGAAGAGGCGGUGGUGCCUGCUCGCUGGGACAAGGAGCAGGCUUACCUGGCAAGCCUGGCAGCGCAGUACCGCCUGGAGCAGUACCCAGACAGCUACGAGGCCCUGUCAGAGCCUCCUGUUGCCCGCCUCCUCCACCACGGGCUUCCCCGGGCCUUUGCCCUCUCUGAGGACCCCCGGGGCCCGUCAGAUGCGGACGAGACCACGGUGCAGCUGAGUGAGCUGCUGCCACUGCCCGUGCUCCUGAAGCGCUCCCUCACCGCCCCGCUGGCUGCCCACGUCUCCCUGGUGAACAAGGCCGCAGUCGACUACUUCUUCGUGGAGCUCCACCUCGAGGCACAUUUCGAGGCACUGCGCCACUUCCUGCUGAUGGAGGAUGGUGAAUUUGCCCAGUCCCUCAGCGACCUGCUCUUUGAGAAGCUCGGGGCGGGGCAGACGCCUGGGGAGCUCCUCAACCCGCUGGUGCUCAACUCAGUGCUGAGCAAGGCCCUGCAGUACAGCCUGCACGGCGACACCCCACAUGCGGCCAACCUCUCCUUCGCCCUCAAGUCCCUGCCCGAGGCGUUUGCCCCCAAUGCCCCGGAUGUGCUAAGCUGCCUGGAGCUCAGGUACAAGGUGGACUGGCCCCUCAACAUCGUCAUCACCGAGAGCUGCCUGAGCAGGUACAGUGGCAUCUUCUCCUUCCUGCUACAGCUGAAGCUCAUGAUGUGGACGCUCAAGGACGUCUGCUUCCACCUCAAGCGCACAGCGCUGGUGAGCCACGUGGCCAGCUCCGUGCAGUUCCGCCAGCUGCAGCUUUUCAAGCACGAGAUGCAGCACUUCGUGAAGGUCAUCCAGGGUUACAUCGCCAACCAGAUCCUGCACGUCAGCUGGUGCGAGUUCCGUGCCAGGCUGGCUGUGGUGGGUGACCUCGAGGAGAUCCAGCGGGCCCACGCCGAGUACCUGCACAAGGCUGUCUUCAGGGGCCUGUUGACGGAGAAGGCGGCGCCUGUCAUGAACAUCAUCCACAGCAUCUUCAGCCUCAUCCUCAAGUUCCGCAGCCAGCUCAUCUCCCAGCCCUGGGGCCCGGCCAGUGGCCCCCGGGGUGCCGAGCACCCCAACUUCGCCCUCAUGCAGCAGUCCUACAGUACCUUCAAGUACUAUUCCCACUUUCUCUUCAAAGUGGUGACCAAGCUGGUGAACCGCGGCUACCAGCCCCACCUGGAGGACUUCCUGCUGCGCAUCAACUUCAACAACUACUACCAGGAUGCCUGAGGGCUGCUCGGGUGAGGCAGGGCGUGUGGCAGACGGGCCCCCUGCCCCUCAGCACUGGUCUCUCCUGGGUGGGUCCUGAGGCCAAGGCAGGGACAGAAUGACCACACAGAGAUGGGUGGAGGAAGCUACUGGUUUAUUUAGGGGCUGUGUCUCCCUGACAAGCAGGAGCUAUGCAGUGCCAGCACCACCCACGCACCCCCAGGCUGGAAAGGUGGGUGGGGGCUGCCACGUCCCCAGGCCGGGCUUGCUGGGCACGUGUCCUCACAGAAGCGGCUCUUCAGGGAGCGUGUGGACCUGGGCCGUGCUGUGCUGCUGAGUUGGCGUCAGACAGAGACGGGUCAGGGCCUGACUGGACGUCUCUGCCGUCAUGGAGAGACGGGUGUGGGGGGCUGUGCACUGGCUGGGCACCGCCUCAUGGACUCAGCAGGACUCAGGGCCUUGGGACCUCCAGGUGUGGAGGCCUCCAAGGCGGUUUACGAGGAUCACGUCACACACAGUUCUGCCGCCCAGAGCGGGGGCUUGCUGCUGUAGGAGCGCCGCCUGCCAGACGCCCCACCAGCCCCCUCAGGCUCUGCCGCCUCUGAGACCUCAGCAGCCUCCUCUGCCCUGUGGUAAGGGGCCUCCAGCAGCUUCAGCACCCGCCGCACCUGGAGAAGAGCAAGGGAAGGUGUUGGGGCCUCCCUCCCUCCCAGGCCCAGCCCUCGCUACAGGCCCAUGGGCAGAGGAGGGACCGGUGUGCGCUUGCCUCUGAGAAGUCCCCACUCUCGGCAGCCUCGAUGGCAGUCUGUGCGAUGUAGUUCCGCAGGACGUACUUGGGGUUGUUGGCAUGCAUGACACGCACACGCUCAGCCUGCCAGGCCUCCGGGUCCCCGGCACCCUCCUUGUCCUGCUCCAGCCGGGCUCUGGAAUCACACCCCAGCUCAGCUUUCCAGCAGAUGCAACCCCACCCUCCACAUUUGGUCCCCUGCAUGGGUUGUGUGCAGCUACCUCACGGGGAGAUGGUGACACUGGCCAUCAGCGCUCUGAUGACCCAGAGCCUCGCUGACCUCGGACACAGGGCUGGCCUCACCUGUAUGCCUGGAGCCAGUCGGCCCAGUGGCCCCUGUUCCUGCUCAGCAGCUCGGCCGGGCUCAGCUGCUCCAGCCGCGACUGCUGCUCGACGCGCUCCAGCUCCUUUGUGACGUUUGCCCGGGUACCAAUGAGCGCGAAGAGCUGCGGGUUCGACUGUGCCAGCAUCAACAUCAUCGAGAGCUGCCUGUGCGGAGUGGGCAGCAUGAGGUGCAUCCAGGAGGCUGCAGCAUCCCCACCACCGGCUGUGGACUGUGUCCUGAGACCACCAGGGACUUCGAUGCCACACCCCUACCUAGAGCCCCACUGGGAGUGAGCCCUGGCCUGACGCAUGAGGCAGGCACAGGGGGCACCCACCAAGUGUCCACCCUUGUUCUGCAGCAGCCCCUCCGUGCGGCAGGACACAGAUGUGCCCCGAGGGACAGGUGCCUCGGGCUGACUGGGCGGGCCCCUGGGGUGGGUAGGACACCAUCUCUCUGCUGCUUGGCACCUGCCUACAUCCCAAACCAGCACCAACUUCCUCCAGGAGGAAGUCACUGCUGUCACUCCUCCUGUGCCCAUAGGGCUGGGUCCUUCCCCACUUCCAGAAGAGUCUGGGGGGACAGGCCCCGACACCCCUUCCCCAGUCGUAUUGGCCUUGUAUUCGGCAGGUCCUACCAGCUGGUCCUCCCCACUGCAUCCUGGGAGCCAUCAGUCCAGUGCCCACACUGCUAUAUUAAAUUCCUUCCUCAUCACAA